CCCCCCGAGCGCCACGUGGCCUCUCCGUUUGGCAUCUCGGGACUCCAUAACUCAACACCGUUCCUCUCCGCCAUUCUCAAAUGGCAUAACGCUUUCUUCUUUCCGACGAACAAAGUGAGGAAAAUCGAUGGCAAUCCCACAGGUGUUGUACUUGCUGCUGGUGCUAUGGGUCGCUGUGUGCAUUGGGUUGUGCAGCUGCUGGGGUGACUCUGCUGCCGACAUUGCCCGAGCGACAGCCCAGGACGUCCAGCACGGUUGCGCAGAAACCACGCAAUAUGCAAAGGAAAGUGCCGAAUCUAUGACUGAUUGGACUUACGACCAGUUCCUCCUAAACAAGGAGAAUGCAAGACAGGCGGCUCAGAACAUAAAGAAUAAAGCUGGAGAUGCUGCCUCAAUGGCCACUGAGAAAAUGAAAUCUGCAGCAUCGGGAACUUCCGAGUAUUUUUCUCACAAGUCCGGUGAAGCUAAGGAAAAAUUGUCAAAAACCAUGGGAUAUGACAAAACUGCUGAGGCCUAUAAUGAAGUUGAUAAGAUUAUCAGAAUGGCGACAGAUAAGGCUUCCACCGAUGCCAUCGAUAUCUUGCCUGAUCCUGUGGGAUAUGAAGGAAGAGACAAGACGGCUGAAGAAACCUAUGACCAAGCUAGGCAUGGAGUAGAGGAGGCAUACAGGUCAGCAAAGGAUGCCAUGACUGAAGAGAAUAGGAUUAAUUACGAGGAUGCCAAGGAGAAGGCUUCACAGGUCACUGGUGAUCUUGGAGCCAGCAUGAGGAUGAGCACCAGCUAACUAAUAUGAGGAUCCUCGCUUCCGAAACGUCUGUUGCACAGAUAGGUGUUGUGCGCUUCUUGCAUCGCAAGGUUUUAUUAUUGCGUGUAAAACCAGUGGCACGGAGCAUCGGAGGGUGGUCAAAUCUCGUGAUUAGCAGGCGUGCAUUGCUAAGUCAUGUGGAAACAUUUCAAACACAUACACUCCGAUAUUGCAAGUAGUCAUCCAUCACCAUUACAUCAGAAAUAGUAGGGCGUAUUUCCGUAAGUUUCAGAAAAUGGAUUGGCUUCUUAAAUCUUUGGGGUCUACC